AUCACACUGUAAGAAUGCACGACAGACGUAAUGUCUCUCUUUUCUAUUUAACUUUCAUCCCUGUUGCUUGGUAGCCAACGACAGAAUACGACUUUGAUGGAUGAAGAUGACUAAAAACAAACUACACAUCCCCCUCACAUAAUUCCCGUUGCUCUAAACGACGUGCUACCCGCCUUUCCGGUCAGGGGAAACUAGUGGUCGUGUGUUACAGAAUUCUUCGGAUUACAAAACUCACAUGGAAUUUGUAAACUUGUUGAUUAGGAGAUUUUAGUGAUUUGAAAGUUUUCUGGGUCUGCUCUGAGUUUGUUAAAAGUAUCUAAAUUUUCUGUGGAUGUAGAAGCAUGAUACAUGGCGAAGUUAUCUGAUCCGUGAUGGCAAAAGAAGCGCAGAUGAGGUCGGCCCAAAAUGACAGUUCAGAAGAUUUAUGGUCUCUUGUUGGUAUAUAGUAUCUAUACCUCGCCUGUGGAGAGAACAACCGAACCGAUUCCACGGACAAACUGUGAACGAACACAACUUACUGCUUUUAAUACCGUUACAUCGUUCCUUUGCGAUUACAUGAUUUAGAAGACUAGAAACACCACGCGUGGAUGUAAGCCUAUUUUCAAGGCAAAUCUGCUACAAUUGUGUAUAACUUUAGGAUAUUGUCGAGAGGCGGUCUACAGGAUUUGUAACACUUCCAAAGUACUUCUGAAUGCGCGGGAAGGAAAGAUGCUUUUGAACAGAAGAGGACGGAUUUCUGCUUUCAUACUCAUGGUGCUCGUCUUAGCAGCCAUAAAGGAAACUAUUAGCGCAAAAACCGGUUGCGAUAGUCCGUUAGGAAUGCAGUCAGGUGGCAUCCGGGACUUUCAGAUCAGCUCCACCUCGUCCAAGUCCCCCAUGCUGUCUGCAAGCGCGGCCAGACUUCAUAACACCGUGGACAUGCCUAAUACGUUUGGGGCGUGGUGCGCAGACAUCACUGAUACAAAUCAGUACCUUCAAAUCGACUUGCUGACCACGGUGAACUUGUCAGCGGUAGCCAGCCAAGGUUUUGACUUCGCUGGGGGUCAGUGGGUGUCGCGGUACACCUUGAGUUACAGCUGCGACGGCCGCACAUGGGCGCGAUACAGCACGAGCGCGGAGCACGUGCAUCAAUUUACAGCGAACAAUGACAGCGCCACUGUAGUGAAGAAUAUACUGACUCGACCCAUUCUCGCACGGAAGGUGCGGAUUGAGCCAAAGUCUUGGGCAGAGUAUGGCGCGAUUUGCAUGCGUGUGGAGCUAUACGGAUGCGACAAGCAAACAGAUGUUUGUCACCUCAUCUUUCCAACACCAAGCCUUGGAACCCAGGCCCCACCACCAAGCACGGGAGGAGUAACUUUAACCUUGCCAACAGUCCCACCUCGUGUAGCGAGCACCGAGCCUACGACUUUCACUCCAAAACCGUGUAAAGGUGCACUAGGCAUGCAGUCUGGGGAAAUCCGGGACUGGCAAAUCACUGCAUCGUCCUUUAAAAACGUCUGGUUCCUACCGAGCUCAGGGCGACUCCACAACCAAUACAGCAGCUCCUUGACAUUCGGCGCUUGGUGUGCUCAAGACAGGGACCUGUAUCAGUACUUACAGAUCGACUUCGUCACACAAGUUAACUUGGUUGCCAUAGCAACACAAGGCAUGGGGUUCGUAGACGGUAACUGGGUGGAGAGUUAUAUGCUGAGCUACAGCUGUGAGGACGACACGUGGUAUUCUUACGAAGUGGACGGGAGAACCAAGGUGUUCAAGGCAAAUAGUGACAGUGACAGCGUCAUGCGUGAGGAUCUGCCCUAUUAUGUAGUGGCAAGGAGAGUACGAAUUCAUCCAUUGUCGUGGAAUGCUAUUGGCAGCAUCUGUAUGCGAAUUGAGCUGUUUGGGUGUAACACAACAAAAGAGUGUACAGCAAACGGACGCACUAGUACCACGAGACCACAGCAACCCAUUACACUGCCUGCAACGGACGCCAAUUGGCCAAUCACAGACCAACCAGUAAAUGGGACAUCAGAAGAAGAAAAAUCCACAUCCAAUCGCAAGAAAAUAACCAUAAUUUACAUUGAAGAGAAGCGACCGGAUUCAGGGACAGUGUUGCUAGGACCAAGAAAAUUUCUAUCAGCUAUUUGUUUGCUUUUAGCACUAGCUGCUAGCAUCAGUUGAUGACAACAUAAUUUUUGUAGAUAAUGAAUAUGCUAUUUAUUAAACUAAUGACCACAGGAACGUCACAAUCAAGCCAUGACAUGCUACCCUUAUAACAUGAUAUACUUCUCAGUCAUGUGAAAGGCUUGUUCCUGGUGCUAUCCAAAAUGACAUGAUUAAGAAGUUUCACCUUUGUUUGGAUGUCGCACAGGACCAGGAAGUCCAGACUCAUUGCUGGUUUAACUAAAGGCGUGGCUAAGCUAAGAGACAUGUCACGCGUGCAUGUCUCCUAGUUUAGCCACCCAGAGAGACAUUGUAGUUCGCGCAAAAUCUUGAAGAAGCGACAAAGAAAUGUUUCCUCGAAUAGUUGAGAAACAUUUUCAUGUUGCGCUCUGCAAAAUUUGUCGCGCACUGCAUGUUUUUGGCGUUGGCUAAACUAGGGAACAUUUAGGAGACAUGUCGCACACAUGUCGUGCUCAACAUUUUGCCUAGUUUAGCCAGGCCUAUAGAAUAGCACCUUCAGGGUGACAUGUCGCCUAGUUUAGCCAGGCCUAUAGAAUAGCACCUUCAGGGUGAGAUGUUGCCUAGUUUAGCCAGGCCUUAAGGAUCAUAUUGGCUGGUCACAAGAAACACAUUUCUGACUAGUAAGAAACUCAUUACCUUAAGUAAUAUAUUUUCAAGCAUAUUUUUCUUAUUGAGCUCAAUGAAGAUGAAAGACAUCGGUUUUUGCAAUACAUGUUGCGCAAGAAUUAUUGUAAAAUUUAUAUUAGUGAAAGCUCAAGAAAAAUAAGCUUCAUUCAAUGAAAUCAAAUUUCGUGGUAACUUAAUCAGGAAGACAUGAAAGUGAACAUUUGUUUUAGGUUAUAAAUAAUUUAUAAAUACUUGUACAAUAAAUGCUGUAAAUAUGCUAUCUUAAAAAAAUAAACAGAAAUUUGAUAA